GUGGACCCCGUGCCUCACGAUGCCCCCAAGCCGCCCGGCUACACCCGCUUCGUCUGUGUGUCUGACACCCACUCGAGGACAGACCCCAUCCAGAUGCCCUACGGCGACGUGCUGAUCCACGCCGGGGACUUCACAGAGCUGGGGCUCCCCAGCGAGGUCAAGAAGUUCAACGAGUGGCUUGGUAGCCUGCCCUACGAGUAUAAGAUCGUGAUUGCCGGCAACCAUGAGCUGACCUUCGACCAGGAGUUCAUGGCUGACCUCAUCAAGCAAGACUUUUACUACUUCCCGUCUGUGUCGAAGCUGAAGCCAGAGAACUAUGAGAACGUGCAGUCCCUGCUGACCAACUGUAUCUACCUGCAGGACUCGGAGGUCACUGUGCGGGGCUUCCGGAUCUACGGCUCGCCGUGGCAGCCCUGGUUUUAUGGCUGGGGCUUUAACCUGCCUCGAGGCCAAGCACUGCUAGAGAAAUGGAACCUCAUUCCCGAAGGCGUAGACAUCCUGAUAACCCAUGGACCACCACUGGGCUUCCUGGACUGGGUCCCCAAGAAGAUGCAGCGGGUGGGCUGCGUGGAGCUGCUCAACACGGUGCAGAGGCGCGUCCAGCCGCGGCUGCAUGUCUUUGGCCACAUCCACGAAGGGUACGGUGUCAUGGCGGAUGGGACGACCACCUAUGUGAACGCGUCUGUGUGCACCGUGAACUACCAGCCUGUGAAUCCGCCCAUAGUCAUUGACCUCCCCACACCCCGGAACUCCUGACUGCCCCUGCUGUCUCAGCCCUUCCUGCCCACAUCAGCUCCAUAUGCCUGGCCAAGAGCACGGACCCCCAACCACCCUUCCUUCCAUGCAGACAACCCGUCUGGCCGUGGGGAGCAGCCCAGCAGAUGGGUUGAGGCUUUGGAAUGAAGAAAAUCUCCCCUGACUCUUCAACCUCCGUCACCUGGAGUCAGGACCCUGUGGGUCCCUGUUAGGGGUUCUGUGCUCAUUACUGUUUUCUGCGUGUACAUUUCCGCGUGUACCUUGUCAAAGGACCUAACAAGUUUGCGGUCCUGUCCUGCUUGGGAAUUGACAGACUCUUCAUCCUUCUCAGUUGGACGCCCUUGUGGGUUUGGGAAGCCGCGGCUCCUGGACACCCUUUGGAAGUUCUCACACAAAAUCUCCCUCUAACUGAGGGUCUGUGUGGCUGCAAGCCCCAGGGUUGGGGGUGGGUGG